GUUUUGUUUGGGUCUUCCAUUCCCGUGCGCGUCCGCUACGAACACGGUCCGUCGACGACACGCGGCCGCCAGUUUUUUGUGUUGUUUUACAAUAAUAUUGUUUUUUUAGCAUAAUAAACAAUUAGCGUAUUGCGGUUAUCGCACGUAUAUUAUCGUAAAUGCACUUGUGGUACAACCGGCAACAUUCGAUCGUCAGCUGCUGUAGUGCGUUAUCGCAGUCGUAACAGUUUUAAUAAUAACGGUCGUUAUACCCCCGAUUCAUCAUCCCCCGAGUGUCUAGCGUUCGUUUGUCGACCGAUAGCCACGUGUUUGUUCGAAAGCAUUUCAAUAUUAUAUAAUAAUAUUAUUAUUAUUAUUAUUAUUUAUCCCGAUUGUUGCGCCGGUGCUAUUUUGUGUCGCAUUUCCUACCGUUUGCGCCGCCGUUGUCGCAUCGUGAAGAUAAAAUUAUUCAAACUCAAAAGUAUAAUAUGAGAAUGAGCGACAUGACCGUGUGCCCUGUGGCCAGUCGACAAUCGUUCUUUGACUCGUUCACCGUAGUCUCCAAAGCCAUCGGACAGUUAGAAAAACUUAUGUCCGGCAAACAAACCGAAAACGAAUGGAAGAGCUCGCAGUGCAAUCCUGUGAAUUCGUCGGCCAAAAAGAACCACAAGAAAGAAAACUCGCUGUUGAAAUUCUUGGCGUUGAACGCUUUGGAGUUGAGCGCGCCCGCCAGUGAUGUGUUGCUGCGCAACAACAGCACGACCACAGCUGCUGGUGCGGCAACGGAUACCGAAGUACGAAAUGCCAARUCUCAAGAAACAGUGGUGGCUUCCAACGUCCAGCCGGUGACAUGCAGGUCGGCCACGGGCGUGCCACAACAACAGUCGUGGUUCCAGCUGUCCGGACAUCCGGACUGUUUCGCACCUGCCGGCUUGGGCACGAUAUGGAAGAAGUGCAGUGGCGGCACCGAGCGCGACGUGUACGAAGCCCUUUCCAACGAGCCCAGUCUUCAGGACAUCGUGCCGAAGUAUUACAGGGAAGUCGAGUACAACGGACAGACGUUCAUCGAGCUGCAAGACUUGCUGUACGGGUUCCGGGACCCCAACGUCAUGGACAUCAARAUGGGCACGCGCACGUUCCUCGAGUCUGAAGUGAAAAACUCUACGGCGCGACAAGACCUGUACCUCAAGAUGAUCGCCGUGGACCCCGAAGCACCGAACGCCGAAGAACGCAACCUGCAAGCGGUCACCAAACUGCGGUACAUGCAGUUCAGAGARGAACAGAGUUCGACAUGCAGUCACGGCUUUAGAAUUGAGGCUAUGAAGUUUCGAGGUUCCCCGCCCGUGACGGACUUGAAGACUGUGAAGAGCGACGAAGAAGUGAAUAACACGCUUGCCUUGUUCCUGGGCGACCGCCAUGACAUCAAACAAAGGCUGGUGGCCAGACUGAAUGAAAUACGGUCGAAAUUGGAUCGUUCUCAUUAUUUUAAAACUCACGAGAUCGUUGGUAGCAGUAUCUUGAUUAUUUACGACGAUACUAAGGUUGGCGCGUGGCURAUUGAUUUCGCCAAAACAAGACACGUACCAGAGAACACGGUACUUACCCACAGACAACCAUGGGUGCCUGGCAACCACGAAGAAGGUUUCUUGUUYGGUCUUGAUCAUCUCAUAGAGUCAACUGAGAAUUUACAUACUCCUGUCUCAAAAGAUCCCGUAGCACCGUCGAGCUCUAUUAAAGUGGAAAAUUGAAUACUGUUCUUCAACUUUCUCGUGGAAUUCAUCUAGUCAAUAAUAUUUUCACCUACACUACGUCGAGACGAACGUGGUUCACAUCCUCGUUACUAUCACGUGUUUACAUUUUUACACAAUUACUAUUUAUUUUUUUUCGUUUGUUCUUAAAAUUAAUUUUUAGUCGUAUAUAUCAUAACAUAAUAUUGUUUUUUUUUUUAAUAUUAAUUCGAUCAGUGUUGACUGACGCGACUGAUUUUGCCUGAGCAUUUGUUAUCAGAGAACUCAUUAAAGAUGCGUGRGAAAAUAAUAAAUUAUUAAUUUGGCUUUAUACUCAUACUGCAACAGGUUUAUGUACCUAAAUUCUCGAUUCACUUAUUAUAAUAAAUUGUCCAGUAUUAACAUUUGUAUAAAUAUUACGCAUUUUUAUUUU